AUGUUACAGAAGAAACACGAUCUUGCACUUUUUGAGAUUAGAUUGAAAUCACCUCACAAAAACUUACUUCUACUUAAGGGAAAUGAACACGAGUGUGAACAAGUUCCUUUCCAAGGAUCAAUCAAAUUGUCACUGCCUAGUGACCUACAUGUCAAAAAAAUUUCGUUGAGGCUAAUAGGAGAGUAUAGAUUGGACUAUUUCCAGCGUGAUUCACAUGGGACUGUGAUCGACCAAGUUAGUGAACACCAUUGCGUGCUAGAUGUGGAAUGGGGAAACCUUCUAACUGAUGCAGAAGGUAAAAUAAUAUUUGGGGAUUAUGGUGAUUCCUUGACUAGAAUGAAUAAGCACCAUAAGAAAACAAAUUCCGGCAACAACUCGUUCUCAUCGCUUCCAAAAUCAAACGAUGGAUCGUCAUCGAACCUUCUUCACCCGAGUUCGGCGGCUCCCAGUUCAAGGCCCUCAUUUUUGAGGUCUUCGUCUCAACCACACUUUGGCUUCAACAGUUCGUCCAACUUGUCGGCAGCCUCUUCUUCAUCCCUAUUGCAAAUUCCUAAAUCUGGUAUUGAUGGAACUCCAUUUAAGGAUAGAGGUGCAACAUCAUCAAGUUCUUUCCUUUUGCCAAAGGGUAAUUACAACUUGCCCUUCCAGGUCUACCUUCCUACUAAUAUAUCUGAAACGGUAGAAGGAUUAAACUGUGGACAAUUACUUUAUCGUCUUGAAUGCAAUAUUGAAAGGGGCAGAUUCGAAAAGGCCUUCCAUAAGACCAAGCAUGUCAGAAUUAUGAGAACCUUGCAUCCUCAAUGUUUAAGCUUAAUUGAAAGUGUUGAUAUUAACAAUACUUGGCCAAAGAAGGUACAGUAUGCUGUUAGUUUGAUGAAAAAGGGUGUGGCAGUGGGAGCAACAGUCCCCGUUAUGAUUCUUAUCGUGCCACUUGCCAAGGGAUUAAAAUUACAAGGAAUCAACGGAGUAUUAGUGCAACAUUACCAUGUCUUGACCCAGGAUGGUAGAUCCCCAGAAUUUGAGGAAAUUUAUGGAAAACAAGACAUGCCAAUGCCUGAUGUAGACUCUUUACCUUUGGAUCAAUGGCAAGUAAAGACCCAUUUCAAGAUCCCAACUUCAUUAAAAAAAGUAACCCAAACAUGUGAGCUUAAGAAUAGCUUAAUUCAAGUCAAGCACAGGUUGAGAAUAUCUAUACAAUUAUUGAAUAAGGAGGGACAUAUUUCUGAGUUGAGAGCCAAUUUGCCGAUUCACCUUUAUGUAAGUGCAAACACUGGACAUGUUGUUGGGCACCAUUAUGAAGCAGAUUCUCAUGGUAACCUUUCGACUGUCGUUGGUGGGGAGGACAUUCUAUUCAGAAAAGAUGAUCCGCAUAACAAAAAUCCUAUUCACCAGCAUCAUCACCAUCAUCAUCACGAAGGCUCUGGUCUGGGUAGUGUAUCUCCGAACUUGACUGUGAGUAACACCGAAGACACAAGCUCUUCAGUAGAUUCUGAUAACGAAUUAGAUAGAGAAGAAACCGCUCCUCCAUUGUAUCAGAAGCAUAUUUUCGACAAGAUAUACGACUCUUCCUUACCACAAACUCCAUUAGAACAAUUUAGAAGUCAAACUGGUUCGCCCGUUGGAUCCAGCGCAAAUCUUGCUGGAUAUUUCGAUUCCAUUCCCACCAGUUUAGGAGAAGCGUUUGAGAGGAAUUUAAAGAAGAAUGGCAAGUUACCAGGAGCCCUUUCGAAAACUCCAUCCGCACUCGAUGUACUUCAGCUUUGUAAGGUGCCCUCAUAUGAGUAUGCUGCAGAUGAAGAUGUUGACGAUCAAGAUGAAUUAGCACCAACGUAUAGUAAUGGUGGAAAGGAUGGUAGCGACAGCGGCAGUGGUAGUGUUUCAGACUUAUUAAGACCGAAUUUGGGCAGAUCGCAUACAGUCGACAACCUUAAGCUUAAGGACAAGAAACACUCACACUCCAAAUUACACUUCAGAAUCGAUAGAAAGAAGGACUCAUAA